CGUCCGGUUCGGUUGCUUGUCCGUUUCGUUCCGUUCGUCGCCUGUACGGUUCAAAAUCCUGCCUGUCGUCGCACGAGAAUCAGCUGCUAACACUGGAAAGGGAGGAAAAGCCCUCCUCGAAGGGAACAGUGGAUAUAAACAGUUUUGGGCUCCCGCUCUCUCAGUCGUCGACGUCAUUCGAGCUGCUCACCAAUACAAAGAACCGUGGUGAAAAAGGAUAUCGUCGGAGGGGGUGGUGGCCUGGUGAGCGCCAUCUGUUGUCACACGGCCAACUAGGGAGACCUCAGUCUGAGCGGAGAUCGAACGGAUGGCGGCUGCAAAGCGUUUCAAGCUGCAGCAGGCUUUGGUUUUUUCGUGAAAUCUGGUCAAACGGGAGCAAAGAAAAAAAAGUCUGUACGAACUAGAUUAGGCUCGCUAGUGCUGAAUUAGUGCUGCAGGUCGGGCUUCCGGAGCUAUUCAGCCAGCCGGGAUUAAGUGUCGAGUGCUGAAAAAGUCCUGCCGGAUGGGUCUGGUGAAAAAUCAAUUUUUCCUGCCAGCGAUUCCCGGUCUGGGUGUGGAAAAGCUAGCAUUUUCACCAAGCUAGCGUGAAAAUCCGUGUCUAUCUGCUAAAAUAGUGUGCAUAAAAGCGUGGAAAAUGCCUUUUAAUUGAGGAAAAUAUGUCUUCAAAGUGAGAAGAAAAAAAUUGUAGCCCCACAUGAAAAAGGUGUGGUGCGUCGUGGUUUGUGUGUUGUUGUUGCUGUCGUGAAAAGUCAGUGCAGGAAAAAAAAAGUUUUUUCACCCCGCGACAAGUCGGGAAAAGGCGAAGGAUACGCGGAAAAGGGAGUUUGAUUGUGGUGGUGGUGGUUUCGGGAGCGAGAGAGAGAGAUUAGAGAAUCGGGCUCUCCCGUUGUUUACGCACCCCGAAGUACGAAGCAAACGCACAAAUACAUCUGCCGAAAAGAGAUUAGCACAUCUGCGAGGAUUGUCGCCAGGAUAGAAGAAGGAAGAGGGGGAGAAGAAGGAUACACAACGUGAUCCUGGGACCUGUUUGGCAGAUUUGAGAAGGCAGUUUUCGAAGAGGAUAUCGGAAAAAUGGCUGGUGUUCCAGUUUUUCUGGAGGGCCGCGUCGGCUCGACCCCGGACAAGGGCGUCCCGGACAUGACCUGCAUCUCGGACAUUGACGAGAACGGGAUCAACCACAACCUGAAAGUGCGCUACGAGCGGGACCAGAUUUAUACCUACACAGGAUCGAUUCUGGUUGCCGUCAAUCCGUACAAGGAAAUCGAGUGCUACACACAGGUAAGAUAACAUUUUGUUGAACAUUUUUAGCUCGCCCAAAUAAAACAUUACAAACUCUUUGAAAAUGUUCCAAAAUCACUCGAAAAAAAAAAAAAA